GGUGGUAUCUUAUCGUGAGUUGAACAGGAGCUGUGGGUUUGUUUACGCGGGAUAUUCCAUGUUUGCAUUUCAAGAAGAUAUACAGCUGUGAUAAUAUUUUACAAUAGGAAUACACGUUAUAAUAAGAGAGUGCUCCCGAAUUAGUACUGAAAUAUAAUUAUAUGAUAUUAUUCCUUGUGAAAAAAAACUUACCUAUACAAAAUACAUCUAGUAAAAGGGAAGUGUUCACUCACCUGUGUAACAAAUAAUGGAACUACUGUAGAGAGAAAGUUUGGAGUUCUAUACCUUAUCAAAUUAAAUUAGUGAAAUGAUGCCGAGUGCGUCCCAAUAUCGUCUGUCCGAGGAAACAGGAAGUGACGGGGAGACGUCCGUGGACUUUAGACUAAAUCCGGACAUAAAAUUGGACAAUCGGAUACCUAAUAUGUCCCAAUCAGAAUCGGACGAUGGACUCUCCGAUUCGGACAGUGUCUUACACUCCCCGGAUACUGAUGGACACAAAUUGGUCAGUCCUGAUCAUAACACACGGUCAGAGGAGUGUCACAGCGGAACUGAGUUCGAAUCUCCAGAUAAAAGUUUAGGAUCGCCAUUAUCAAAAGAUGACCUCCAGGACGACUCCCAGGUCAGGCGGUACAGGACGGCUUUUACCAGGGAACAGAUAGGCCGUCUGGAGAAGGAAUUCUACAAGGAAAACUACGUAUCGAGACCGAGGCGGUGUGAGCUAGCCAAACUUCUUAACCUCCAGGAAAAUACCAUCAAGGUUUGGUUCCAGAACAGACGAAUGAAGGACAAGAGACAGAGAAUGGCCAUGGCUUGGCCUUACGGUAUCGCAGACCCACAUCUAUAUGCAUAUUUAGCAGCAGCCGCAGCUUCGUAUCCAUACGGAAUAUCGUCUCCGGGAUCCAACCCUUUCAACUAUUACGCUUCCCUUGGAAUCCAGAGGCCAUCUUCAGCAGGGCUCGGACAGUAUUCAUCUUUUGGUGGAGGGCCCAUUCGUUCACGAUCUGAUAUCCUUCCUGGAAUGUCAGGCUCACUCAUGCGCAAUCCGACAAUGCCAAUCCCGCACACAAUGCCGGCUACUUCCUCUAUUGGUUGUAAUAUACAUACCUCUCUUGACAAUUCCUCUCCACUCAUUCAUGGACAUUCCUCAAUGCCAAACACGUCACCACCAGCUGACAAUUGUAACUGUAACCCGUUGCUAGGGGGACUUGGCAAUAUACCUACGUCACUUCCUUCCGCACAAGCUCCAAAGGCACAUUCUAAUACAACAUCACAGGGACUCUUUCGUCCGUUCCAGACCGAUUCCGAAAGAACGUGAUAAUACUAAGUGAUUUUUCAUUGACAUUAACCUAGGUGAACAAAGUAUUAUAACAGGACGCUGCAGCUGGAUAUAGAUAGUACAAAAGGUGUUUAGAAAGCGACGGCGUUGUGCAGUUGAGUAAAAAACCCCGUUGACGUCAUAAUAAAUAGGAAUCGCGUACUGUGCUUUGUAAGGUCACCAAAUGUUUUGUAAUGUUUGUCUGUUUCUAAAAGGACACAUGUAAUGUAAAUGACAACGUUACCUGUGGAAGAGCCAACUUGUGUUUUGUGUUCAGAAACAUGCAAACAGCUGAUAUGGAUAAUGCACAGCUAGUGCAACUGUACAUGUACGUUUUUUAUGUUUGAUUAAUUAACGCUAACUUUUGAACAGAAGUCUCCGAAGUCGUCACCGCUUUGUAUUCUAUGUUGAUAUUACCGACUGUUGUCCCUUGAUUAAUGACGGUUAUGUUUCACUAAAGACCGUUAAAUUUGUAGUACAGUCUGUUUUUGUAUUUCCAUUAACGUGUGUGAAGUUUCUUUCCAUAUCACGUUUAAAUCCAUUCCGUUUCUCAUGAUUCCGCCAAUAUAUUUAUUUGUUCUGUAUGGAUUGUUCAUUUGAUACUGGUAUUUUGGGGUCAGUGUUGAAUUGAAGAAUAUAAUAAUAAAAUAUGUUAUUGAAUGAUA